AAUGGCGGCGUCGGCGUCAGGGUUCUCUUGCCCGUCUCCAACAUGGCGAGGGCAGGGCCCGCCUCCCUGGGCGCUGGAGUCAUGUGACCCACACAAUGGCUGAGCGCCUACUCGAGGCUUCCCGGCAACGCCGAGUGAAAACUAUGACGGCCGCCGCGGGUUCGGCGGGCCGCGCCGCGUUGCCCCUGCUGCUGUGCGCGCUCCUGGCGCCCGGCGGCACGUACGUGCUCGACGACUCCGACGGGCUGGGCCGGGAGUUCGACGGCAUCGGCGCGGUCAGCGGAGGCGGGGCAACCUCUCGACUUCUAGUAAAUUACCCAGAGCCCUAUCGUUCUCAGAUAUUGGAUUAUCUUUUUAAGCCAUAUUUUGGUGCCUCACUGCAAAUUCUAAAAGUUGAAAUAGGUGGUGAUGGGCAGACCACAGAUGGCACUGAACCCUCCCACAUGCACUAUGCGUUGGAUGAGAAUUAUUUUCGAGGAUAUGAGUGGUGGUUAAUGAAAGAAGCUAAGAAGAGAAACCCUAAUAUUAUACUCAUUGGGUUGCCGUGGUCAUUUCCUGGAUGGCUGGGGAAAGGUUUCAACUGGCCUUAUGUAAAUCUUCAGCUGACUGCCUACUAUGUGGUGACUUGGAUUGUGGGCGCCAAGCGUUACCAUGAUUUGGACAUCGAUUAUGUUGGAAUUUGGAAUGAGAGGACAUUUGAUAUCAAUUAUAUCAAGGUGUUAAGAAAAAUGCUCAACUAUCAAGGUCUCCAGCGAGUGAAAAUCAUAGCAAGUGAUAAUAUCUGGGAGCCUAUUUCUGCUUCCAUGCUGCUUGACUCUGAACUCUUGAAGGCAGUUGAUGUUUUAGGGGCUCAUUAUCCUGGAACCCAUUCAGCAAGAGAGGCAAAGUUGACUGAGAAGAAGCUUUGGGCUUCUGAAGAUUUUAGCACUGUAAAUAAUGACUUGGGUGCAGGUUGCUUGGGUCGUAUAUUGAAUCAGAAUUAUGUCAAUGGCGAUAUGACUUCCACAAUCGCUUGGAAUUUGGUGGCUAGUUACUAUGAACAGUUGCCGUAUGGGCGUUGUGGCUUGAUGACUGCCCAGGAGCCAUGGAGUGGGCACUAUGUAGUAGAAUCUCCUAUCUGGGUCACAGCUCAUACCACUCAAUUUACCCAACCAGGUUGGUAUUACCUGAAGACAGUUGGCCAUUUAGAGAAAGGAGGAAGCUAUGUAGCUCUGUCUGAUGGCUUAGGUAACCUCACCAUCAUCGUUGAAACUAUGAGUCAUAAACUGUCUAUGUGUAUCCGGCCAUUUCUUCCUUAUUUCAAUGUGUCACGACAACUUGCUACCUUUGUUCUUAAGGGAUCUUUUAGUGUAAUACCAGAGCUACAAGUGUGGUAUACCAAACUUGGAAAGCCAUCUGAAAAAUUUCUUUUUAAGCAACUGGAUUCUAUAUGGCUCCUUGACAGCAGAGGCACUUUCACCCUAGAAUUGCAAGAGAAUGAGCUGUUCACACUCACCACUAUCACCAGAGGUAGCAAAGGCAGCUACUUACCUCCCCCGAAAUCCCAGCCCUUCCCAAGUAUCUAUCAGGAUGAUUUCAAUGUUGAUUACCCAUUUUUUAGUGAAGCUCCGAAUUUUGCUGAUCAGACUGGUGUAUUUGAAUACUAUACAAAUAUCGAAGAUUCUGGAGAGCAUCGAUUCACAUUGCGCCAAGUUCUUAAUCAGCGACCCAUCACAUGGGCUGCUGAUGCAUCCAGCACGAUCAGUAUUAUUGGAGAUUACAAAUGGACCAAUAUGACUGUAAAGUGUGAUGUUUAUAUAGAGACCCCUGAGAUGGGAGGUGUGUUCAUUGCAGCAAGAGUUAAUAAAGGCGGUAUUCUGAUUAGAAGUGCCAGAGGCAUUUUCUUCUGGAUUUUUGCAAAUGGAUCUUACAGAGUUACAGGUGAUCUUGCUGGAUGGAUCAUAUAUGCUUUAGGACGUGUUGACGUUACAGCAAAAGUAUGGUAUACACUCACGUUAACUAUUCAGGGUCAUUCUGCUUCUGGAAUGUUGAAUGACAAGCAUCUGUGGACAGACGUCCCUGUGAAUUUUCCGAAGAAUGGCUGGGCUGCUAUUGGAACUCACUCCUUUGAAUUUGCACAGUUUGACAACUUUCAUGUGGAAGCCACACACUAAUACUCUCAGGGCAUCAUAGAACACUCUGGAGUUUUUUUUCUUUCUUUUUAUUUUUGGUUCAGAGCCAAUUCUUCUUUUGAUGGACCAAUAUAUGAAGCUUCGGAAGCUAAAGAUAAUGAAGAAUAAGUAGGGAGAAAAAAAUAUAUUUUUGCUUGAUUCUAUGGAAGAUUUUGUUGGAACUAAUUCCAGGGAGAAAAUAUGUGAAUCUUUAACAUUACCUGAUAGGUACCCUGAGGUUCAGUCUGUACAUUGCUGCUAUCUUUAGGAAUGAUGUUACUGGUUCAGACCUGAAGCCUUAGUGCUAUUACUAAGGUUGCUGUUUUCAUCUUACUUGCAAAUGAUCACACACAUGAGAGUGAUUUGACUCACUGAGAUGUAUUCAUGAAUGCUGGCCUGUGUCUCACUGAGCUAACGUCCUCCUCGUAAGAUGAUGCAGCCAUAAUAGAAAGCCAAAGAACACUGGAACUAACUUUUUGAAAACCUCUUCAACAUGUUAUCCUUACACUCUAAAAAGUCUUUUUUUCUUUUCAUUUUAAGAUAAUGCUUUGAAUUGCAGGAUAUGAAUAUGAUGAUUUAAAGAAGUAUUUACUAUUAAGGUCUCCAACUAGGAAAAUUAAUAUUAAUAAAAUGUUAAACCAGAUUGUAAGCAUGUACUCAAAAAAUAAAUUUAAAGUGCCUCAUUAAUAAACUACCUCUAAAAUUAUUUCUGUAGUAAUAAAUAUUAGCAGAUUAACUGGGUUAUUCUGCAUUGAUUUUUAAAAUUUCAGAAUAUUAUGGG